AUGCUACAUACGGGAUCGAGAGACACCCAAGGUCGUGAUAAUAGCAACCAGAAGGUCUAUCCCCAUCCAAUGGAUGAGGCCAAGAACCAGAGCCAGGAUAGCUUGGAUCUUCUGAUAUCAAAGAUCUUCAACAACAUCACUUCCUUAAAAACAGCCUACAUUCAACUCCAGGAAGCUCACACACCAUAUGACCCAGACAAGAUCCAGACCGCCGAUAAGCUUGUCAUUGAAGAACUCGUGAGGCUUUCUGAGCUGAAGCACUCGUAUAGAGAUAGCAACCCCAAACCCAUAUCCGCAUCACCUCUGGAUGCCCAUCUGGUUGCCGAAAUCCAAGAGCAGCAGCGCUUGCUGAAGACCUAUGAGGUCAUGGUGAAGAAAUUCCAGUCCCAGAUCCAGACCAGGGACUCUGAGAUUAUCCAGUUGCAGCAGAGGAUUAAUGAGGCCAACCAGAAGAAGGUGAAGCUGGAGAAGAAGCUCAAGCAGCGGGGUUUGCUAGCCAAGGAGCCAGAAGACACACAGAAGCAGAGCUUCUCCGUAGUUGAACUGAGCCCCGAGCUCUUCUCCGCCACAGUGGAACUCACUUACAGGUCAAUCCACGACUUCUCGAAGCCACUCAUCAACAUGAUGAAGGCUGCCAACUGGGACCUCGACACUGCAGCAAGCUCGAUUGAACCAGAUGUUCCCUAUGCAAAGAGGGUGCACAAGAAGUACGCCUUCGAAUCCUACAUUUGCCAAAGAAUGUUCUCCGGAUUUCAAGAUGAAAGCUUCUCCGUUGACCCUGGAAGAUCCGCUCUUUCUAGCGAGGGCUUCUUCCAUCAGUAUCUGGCCAUGAGAUCCGCAGAACCCUUGGAGAUUUUGAGCCAAGACCCAGAUUCCGAGUUUGGCAAGUUCUGUAGGAAGAAGUACCUCUUGGUGAUCCACCCCAAGAUGGAAGGCUCGUUCUUCGGCAACCUCGACCAGAGGAACUACAUAAUGAAUGGGGGCCAUCCGAGGACGCCAUUCUACCAGGCCUUCCUCAAGCUGGCUAAAUCGGUGUGGCUGCUGCACAGGUUGACUUUCUCCUUCGAUCCCAGGGUCAACGUCUUCCAAGUGAGGAAGGGCAGCGAGUUCUGUGAGGCCUACAUGGAGAGUGUGAUUCCAGCCGAAGAAGAUCACCACAAGAGGCCGGCCAGGGUCGGGCUCAUGGUGAUGCCGGGCUUUGUGCUUGCCGGCAGCGUGAUCAAGUCCCAGGUGUACUUACUGGGUCUCAAGUAUGCUGGGUGA